CUGAAGUACAUAUAUCCACCGUUUACGAUCCUUUUUACAGAUGUCAUAACGAGAAAUCCUUGUAAAUAUAGGCCACCUUGUAUCGCAGAGAAAAACUACACACCACAUACGAUAAAAAAGUCUAUGCAUUAACCGCGAUUUUACUAAUUUAAUAAAUGUUGACGCGUGUGUAUUCUAAUCGUAACACCUAAUGUAUAAAACGCAACGAAAAGGUUACAACUGAUACGUCUAUCAUAUUUUUUUACAGUUGAUUCGUGGUUCAAACAUGCACGGAAGAUGCUGCCGCCUAUCGAGCAUUCUAAAAAUUACUGUAUACUGUAUAUGCGUAGAACACAUUGUUUUCAUAAGUUACCGUGGCAAUAAACAAUUCUUAAGGAACAGUUUGAAUCAUGACUACCUUAGAUACAAAUAAAUAACGAUAACAAGCUGAAGUAGUAACGGUGAAGUUAUUAACCUUACUUCUGCUCUAAAUCAUUUAUUUAUUAUGAAAUUACAAAUGACCGAAGAAGUCGAAUAUCACGAAAGUCACGAAAGUCAUGAAAGUUAUGAAAGUGUAUCAACUUAUUCGGAAGAGGAAGAUGAUAGGUCGAAGAAAGAAUCAACGUACGAAAGUCUUCUUGAAAUAACGCGGGAGCGCAUACAGGAAGUGCAACAAGAAUUAUGUCUAAUCAAACUGUGUUGGCCCGAAGUUGACCGCACAAAAGAUCUCUACCUAAAAACACUUCCGAAUAGUUAUUGUAGUGUCAGCGAUAAAGAGAAGCUGCUCGCGUGGUACGCCGAAAAUUUUCGACAACAAUUUCACGUGAAAUAUCCAAAUCGAAAACCGCUAUUGCUAGCGUGCGAAAAUGAAUGCGGUGUGCAAAAAUUCGUAUCUACUACUAUCAGACGAAGUACACUGCCAUAUCCAGACCUGUACACGUGGCAGGGAUGCGGAAAAUUUGUCAGUGACUACGUCGAAUACGAGCCUCUGGACAAAGCACUCAGUAUGGCAAGUAAUUAAAUGUAUUUUCCAGAAAAACACCUUAUCUUAUAAAGUUCUGCGACAAAGGUCCUUAAUUAUAUAUGUAUACUUUUAUAUAUAAUAUAUAAUUUCUCACCGAUAUAACAAACAUCUUUUUGUCAUUUUUUUUAUUAUGAUUUUUUUCAUUCAUUUUAUUUGGACCAUUUAGUUUCGUGCGAGUCGCGUGCACACCAUUUUAAUUCUUAUUAUUAUUUACCAUACGUAAAUACGCGUUAACAUAACGAGAGGUAGAACUGUUUGGGAUAAAAGCUCAGUCCACAAUUAAAUAUCGCGUAUAUGAAGUUAUGUAUUAAUUCUUUUUUCUUCUUAGAUAUAUUCGCUUAAUAAUUAGAAUGUAACGGUAAAACUAAAAUAUGUUCUCGACCGUAGAUAAUGCAGAUUUGCGAUCUUGAUUCUUGACUUAUGGCAUGUAUAACUAUCCCAUUGGUCAUGAUAAUGUAACGGAGAUUUCGUAAAAAAUGUUGAGAACGCAAUAUCGUCCAGAGAACGAACGAUUUCCGAGAAAGAACGAUCGAUUUCGUUCCGUUUUUUCAUUUGUAUAUGAUCGUAAGGAAAUUUAUCGCCGCGCGCACACGCACGCACUUAAACUAACGAAUGACAAGUUUAAUCGAUAAUUAUACCUCUCUACGAACAUUUUAUUUUCCGUUAUAAUUACAACAGUUCAUUCAUGAUUUUGGUAUAAUCUCUUAUGUACAAGAUUCUAAUAAGAAAACUAUAGAAUAAUUAUGAUCCAUUUUGAUUUAACCCGACUCCUAUAUAUAAGAUACCUCGAAAAAAAAGAAACAGAAAAGAAAAA